AUGACGACGGACGCGUUAGCUCUUGUGGCGACCGCCCUGGCAGCAGCCAGCCCAGGAGGGGUCCCGGGGAACCAGGUCCCAGCCCUGCUCCGGGCCGCCUCGCUGCUGGCUGGGCACGAGGCCACUUCCCCUUCUUCCCGCGGGCGGGGGGAGCAGCGGCGGGAGAAGCGACGCUCUUCCCGCGGCGCUGUCUUUCAUCCGCCGCCUGGCCGCGCCCCCGCGUGCCUGCGCCCUCGUCAGCAGCAGCCGUUCCGGCGGACGCAACGGCCGUCGUCGCAUCCACUUCGUCCGUUUCACCCCUCCCGUCCCCGAGCCGCAGCAGUCACAACCGCCGCGAUCUCAGCUGCAGCCACCGGGGCGGGGGAUGCCGCCAGCCCCACCUCCACGGGCAGCCCCUGUUCCGACACCGGCACCCGCUCCUCUGCAAGCCGCGAUGCAGUCUGGGGGGUGACAGACGGUGAAGUUAAGCCGCCGCCAGCGGCAGCGGCAGUCCCCCCCUUCCUUCCCUUUCUUCCUUUUCUCUUCUUGUCUAUCGGGACCAUAUGA